UAUGAGGUUUUUUCUCAUAGUUGUGUUCUGCCUUCACGGACAAUGUAUGGUCGACUCUCUAUCAGAUAGACACAAACGUGCCGCCGUCUGCUAUGACGAGUUCGGGCUGGGCUGUUUUCCCACGGGCAAACCGUUCGGCUCCACAGAGCAGAGGCUGAUAUCCCUGCCACCACAGUCUCCUGACGUCGUCAGAACAAUCUUCAAGCUGUACACGAGAGAAAAGAGGAACAACUCUAUAGAUCUAGAUGCCAGACUGGUCAACACUACUGCUACUACCUGGCCAGGGUUGAAGAGACAAGCCACCAAGUUUAUUGUGCACGGGUUUCUGGAAAACACGGCUAAACACAGGUGGCUAAGGGACAUGAAAGACGAGUUCCUUCAGUACGCUGACUACAACGUCAUCAUCGUGGACUGGUCAAACGGAAACGGUUUCCCGUACACACAAGCCACGGCCAACUCCAGGGUAGUGGGGGCCCAGAUCGCCCUGCUCAUUAACUGGCUGAUUAAAACUCAGAGUUUUACAGCAGGAGAUUUCCAUGUCAUUGGUCACAGUCUAGGGGCGCACAUAGCCGGGUAUGCUGGGGAGAGAGUUGUCGGACUUGCCAGGAUUUCAGGUCUAGAUCCUGCUGGUCCAUAUUUCGCCGACACCGACCCUCGGGUGAGGCUCGACCCCAGUGAUGCCAAGUUCGUUGACGUCAUUCACACAGAUGACACUAAGCUCGUAGGUCUGGGCAUGAGUCAGCCAUCUGGCCAUUUAGACUUCUACCCCAACGGUGGACACGACCAGCGAGGCUGUGACCAAAACAUCGUUCUACGUCUGCUUUACCUGCUCAAAGGUCAAAAUGAUGACUUUGGGUGUAGCCACGUACGUGCUCGCCUGUACUACAUAGAGAGCAUCAACUCCAACUGUAGCUUUACCAGUUUCCCCUGCAGUAGCGAGGCGGAUUUCAAUGCCGGCAAGUGCACGUCAUGCGGGUCAGCUGGCUGCUACAGUAUGGGCUACCACGCUGACCAGAUGACCAGUGGUCAGCACACAACGCUGUACCUGACAACAGCAAGUCAGCCACCCUUCUGCUUGUUCUAGUGGUCAUCGCCGUCACUAAACCAUAUCGCUGCUGCCACUUCCUGUUCAGUUCAUCUGGAACCAGCUUGUCAUACUGUAUAAAUGUUAUGUGUAACACUUGCAUCCUUAAUAGUUGUUUGAAGGCAGUGUUUCUUUCACUUUUU